AUGGCUGCGGAAGAUCUAUUGAACAGUGUUCCUCAUACCUUGACAAUAGCCUUCGUCAACCGCAACUUCUCAGGCCCGAAGAGAAAGCGUGCACGCUCCCGCUCCCUGUCCGUCGACACAAGCUCAUCUGGCGAAUACACACCAUACCUGAAUGUUCCUGCGCAACCCCAAUUCGAAUCGGCUAUUGACGAGGGGCAGAAUCCCUGGCAGCACCCUAUAUCGUCCACUUCGUACAGUACCCUCAUGGGUGGCCAACGGCUACCUGGACAACUACCACUACCAGAGAUGUCAAAUCCUUUGACGCAGCAGUUCUCGCUUCCAGGAUCCACCCAGCACGUCUACCAGCAACUGCCUCUAGAAUCACCACAGCAAUGGCUGGGACAGCCGUUGCAGACCCCGACCUUUCCUGUACUACAGCCGUUCCCGGAGCCCGUCACACAGCCGUUCCCUCCGCUUGAGCCGCAGCUAUUCCAGGAGUCUUCAACGCAACAAUUUCUUCAGCAGAUUCCACAGGAACUACCACAGCAGGUCUCGGAACAAUAUCCAGGGCAGCAGUACCGACCCCUACUACCUGCCCCAAGCUCUGCCCAGCCUGGUAACCUCACUGAGAGCUCUGGUUCCCAGAAGACUACCGGAUUGGAGAAUACCCUUGCGUCUCAGAAACCGCUAUCCGAAUAUCUAGAGACGAUAACCGUGAAAGCCGCCGAAAAGCCACUACUCCAUCACUUCGUUGACAAUGUUCUGAAGCUCAUUUUCCCCAUUCUAGACCUCCACCCACAGAUGGCUCCCAGGUCGCAAGAGAUUCUGCAAUCGCUCGAGACCAACAAACCCUUUUUCCACUGCAGCCUCAGCGUUUCCGCCCUCCACAUCAAGACAGUAAAGGCCAGCACGAGCUUCCGCACGGAAGCGAAAAUCAUCGACGAUAUCAUGCGACAUCGCUACGCCUCGGUUUCGGACCUCUGUGACGCAUUGAAUGCCGACGAACAUCAGAAGGUUUUGGACGCAACACUCGCGACGAUACUAUUCCACUGCGCUGUGGGCGAGCCCGAGGAUUACCUGCCCGAUAUCCCAUGGUUUGAGCACUUCAGACCAGUCGCAGACCUUGUGCACCAACUCGGCUUAAUCGAACCGGCGCCCUUUACGCCCCUCCCCUUCAGCAUGUCACUCACUACGUGGAUCGAUAUCCUUGGAGCCACCAUGCUCGGCAGAUCACCCCAAUUCUCUCAUGUCUAUCGCGCCAAGCACUCAGAUGGAAUCUCCUCGGGUAUGAGGGAUCUAAUGGGAUGCGACGACAGUGUGAUGUACCUCAUUGCGGAGAUUGGGUGCCUUGAAUCUCUCAAGCUAAACGGCCUUGAUGAAGACGCGCUACAAUUCCACAUCUCGGCACUUACAUCACAGCUUGACAACACCGAUACCGAAGCAACGGCAAACCCAUGCUCCCGGUACGGCAUCAUCUGUCCGGAGAAGCUGACAGCAAACAUAACCGCUGUAUUCCGCGCCGCCGCCCGAGUCUACCUCAGCACUCUCGCCCCGGGCUUCGAACGCAGCAAUCCCAGCGUAUCCACCCUCGUCCAAGGAGUUGUGGAAGCCCUUUGUUCCGUACCGAUGGGGCCCCACGGAUACGACCGCUCACUCGUUUGGCCUCUACUAAUGGCAGGGGUCUGCUCCACUCCUGACAGCGAAUUCCGCAAGAUCCUCGCCCGCCGAGCAAGCGAGCUAGAUGAUGGAGGUGAAUACGGCAGCUUCGGCCGAAUGUACCGCGUGCUGAAGGAGACCUGGAAGCUUGCAGACGACCCCACCACUUCUGUUUACGAUGAGGCCAACUACAUGUUGCCCUCGAUGAAUACGAUGCUGGAGGGACUAGAUAACGUGCCACCGCCCACGAUAGGGACUAUCGGUCGGCCCAUCAAGAAGCAGGCUGUCCACUGGCGUAGCGUUAUGUUCCGCCACGGUUGGCACUGGCUUCUUCUGUAA